AUGGAUGAUGCUGUGUUUGGGCUUUAUGUAGAUAAGCUCAGCGACACUGCUAAAUUGUUUAAGACACCUGGAAAGAAUAUCCGCGCUAUUGAUGAAUCGAUUAGCACCGUCAAACUGCCCUGUUGGGAAGAUAACGUGGAUCUCAGGCGUGCCUAUCGGGAACUACUUUUGACCACUCCUGGAGCUCUCUGCUCACUUAUUGGAGUCGUUCUUUCGAGGAAGCUCUCCAUCAGAAGACCGCGGAUGGGCAACCCGGUCGCUUGGCGUGGUCCUGAUGGCCACACUCAGAAAUUCCAGCAACACCGUGCAGCCGGGGCUCACUUUGCCGUGUGGGGUGAUGGGCCUGUCAUCGAUGCAAGUGAGCCAUCUGAGACUACUAUCCGCAAGCAGGCAAAGGAACUGGCGUCGUUCGCUACUUACUGCCAGAGGGGCGGUCUCGUUCCCAUUGUGUAUCCAAAGCUGUCGUUUGAUAAAACCCCCCGCACUGGCAACCCCCAGGCUGAUCCGCGGGACAUUGCUCGAGACACCCUCAAUGUCCUGCGGAAAACUGUGCCUCCUGCCAUUCCGGUCAUCGUGUUCUUGUCCAGUGGACAGAGUGAGAACGAGGCUGUCAUUACCAUGAACAAUCUCAAGGUCAGCAAGGUCAGCAAGCCAUGGAGCCUCUCCUCCUUUUUUGGUCCGCCACCACAACAGAGAACCUUGAAGGCCAGGGCUCGAAACAGCAGCCCGCAUUCCCUACAAGACACGAGACGAGCUCAGAAGCGACCUCGGGGACCUAACAAGGGCGACCUUCAACCUGGUGAGGGCACUUGCAAGUCUCCUUAUCACAAGGACUACAAGCACUGA